AUGACCAGUAGACACCUCAUCAACAGGUGGCUGUUACAGAAUGUAGAGGGUAACUGAUGCAUUAGAAAGACAAGAAACUAUGGGAAUACUCACUGCAAUUUUCAGAAGAUAACUCUCACUCUAAGAAGAAAGCAUGACAUAUGCUUUGGAACUUAUGAGUUGGAAAAGGCAGUUCUAAAUCUUUCCAUAGUAACAGAACAAAGUUCAAUAUUGGUAUGCAAAUGUCGGAAGCCUUUCAGUCAGAAGUUAGUAGCCUCUGCUGGACUUGAAAAUCUUCUUGCCCUGGACACACUGACAGCCCAAGAAAGAAGAGCUUGUGCCGUCACUGAUGAAACAUGCUGCUUCUAUCGAAACCUGAAUAACCGGCUUCCCACCUGGACGCUGCAGGGCGGAACGGGCGGGCAGCUUCCCCCGCCUCCAGGUGGAAACGUCGCUGUCCGUCCGCAGUCACGGAGGCAGCAGACCGACGGGCGUCGCCUACUCGCUGGGAGGGGCGGGUACAAGACCCAUUUCCGGGGCGGGUACAGGGUCCAUUUCCGGGGCGGGGAACAGCGCAUGCGUUGGGGGGCGGUGGGCGUCGGACUUUGUCCGCUUUUCCGGCGAGGUGAACGCGGAAGAGUGGGAGCUGAGGAUUUCCGGCUACUCAGAUUGUGGCGCGGCGACUGUUGCGAAAUGGAGGUGGGCUCGACGGCCGAAGAUGGUCGGGAUGGUCCGCGGGAGCGGCGAGGCUUGGGUGAAGCCGAGAGGCCGCAGCAGAACCACGAAGUGCGGCCUCAGUCCGGGGCAGACCGGUUACCAAAACAUUCCUACUGGUUGGAUCUCUGGCUCUUCGUCCUCUUAGACGUGGUGUUGUUUUUCUUCGUGUAUUUUUUGCCCUGAAUGGUUUGCCUGGUACCUAAAUUAAGAAUUUUGGCUCCUGGAGUGGAUCCUGAAAAUGACUACAAACUUGAACAAAGAAGACAGGAUUUUGCGCCAGAAGAAUUUCAAACUCUAAGGGACCUUCAUUUCAUUUUACACAUUCUGUUAUUCUUCGCGGGGACUAUAUUAAAUGGGUAAUGAUCUCAGCCAUUCAUAGCUAAGUUCUUAAAACUCGGCUCUGAUUCAUGUUUUAAAACUUUUUACAGAUUAUCUGGUGGCUUUACAGGGGCUGAACAGAAAAAGUAUUUAUACAUGAAGGUUUAUUAUACUCAUUAGGAAAUAGAUUGUUUUUCCUUUAACAUUUAAGGGUUGGCCAAGGUUUAGUAUGAUGCAGAUAAUAUGGUGAAA